CACUGAGCAUUAAACAAGGUCGUUUGGAUCAGUAGGUGCACACAUACAGACAUGCCUUCUAAACUUUGGCUAGCUCUUUCUAUGUGUCUUUUGCUACCAACCUCUGAUGCUGGAAGACAGAUGCCUAAACUUGCUGACAAGAAACUCUGCGCUGACUCUGAAUGCAGCCACCCUAUCUUGAUAGCUCAAGCGCUGCAGGAUUACUACCCUGGAGACUGCAGGUUCAUUCCCAUCAGACAGGGGCAGCUCGUCUAUGUCUAUGCAAUGCUGAAGGACAGAGGGAACCUUUUCUGGGCGGGCAGUGUACAGGACUCUUAUUAUGGACAACAGGAGGCUCGUGUUGGCCACUUCCCCAGCAGUGUAGUGGAGGAGACGCACGCUCUCAUGCCAGCCACCACUGAAGUCAAGACGACUAAAUGGGACUUCUACUGUAACUGAACUGGCCUUCACCAAUGAAGAGAAUGACCUUCUUGACAUCACAAGAUAACUGAAACAUGUUUGCAUAUCAACAAUGCUGAUUUAGGG